GGUUUAUUUUUAGACCCGGUCCAUCGCCGUCCGCCGCCAGUCCUCGCCGGUCGUCCUUCGAACGUGAAGGACUAACCUCGCCUCCUUGGCUCCCGAUUUUUUUGGGGCAACAGCUGAUGCCUGAACCACCAAACCAAUUGACUUCUGGCAUGGGCCGCUUUCACCAGUGAACCACGACUUUUACUAGCCCACUCACCAAUUCACGGACACACAUUUUUUCCUUUCAAUAUCCAAAUCCGACGACACGGGGCCUUCUACGCCGCUUCCCCGUCCUUUUGUAUUUUCCAUUGAAUAUUCGUCAAUUCUCAAAUGUUAUGUUUGUCGGAAGCGUAUUUAGGAAGCGUCAAGCGUUUGUUCUGAUCAGAAAAUAUGCAACAUUCAGAUCGCGAUGCCUCAACCCGUUAUAUUUAGAUUUGAACCAUUCCAGAAACUCCUGCCGAUUCUUGCCACAUGAGAGAAAGUUGAGCCUGUCGUCAGUGCGCUUAUCGAGCGGGGAGAUGGCAGCUGAGGCGACGCCUAAAGUCAGGAACCACCUGGGCAAAGAACGCUCCCCGUACUUACUCCAGCACGCCUCUAACCCAGUUGACUGGUAUCCAUGGGGUGAGGAGGCGUUUCAGAAGGCGAGAAGCGAGGACAAGUUAAUUUUUCUUUCUGUCGGCUACUCAACGUGCCAUUGGUGUCAUGUGAUGGAAAGAGAAUCCUUUGAAAACGAAGAUGUUGCGUCUAUCAUGAACGAAUACUUCAUCAAUAUUAAAGUCGACCGUGAGGAAAGGCCCGAUGUUGACAAAAUUUACAUGACUUUUGUGCAGGCGAGCUCAGGCAGUGGUGGUUGGCCGAUGUCCGUCUUUCUUACGCCAGACUUGAAACCUGUAGCUGGAGGGACUUAUUUCCCUCCAAAGGAUAGCUAUGGUCGGCCUGGAUUUAAAACAGUCCUGUUAAACAUCGCCCAGCAAUGGGCUGAACAGCGACAGAAGGUUUCUGCUACAGGGAACCGUAUCACGGAACUCUUAAAACAGACGACUGUCUUUGAUGUGGGGAUGGCUGGAUCGCUCAUCGGUGGUGAAGUCCCUGGGAAAGAUGUCUGGGAAAUGUGCUCCAAACAGCUUUUCGAUAGCUACGAACCAGUUUUUGGCGGAUUCUCCCAUGCUCCAAAAUUUCCACAACCUUCAAACUUUUCGUUCCUGUUUUACACGAUGGCACGGGAGAGAGAUUCUGAGCUCGGGCAAAAAGCGAGGGACAUGGCGUUGCACACCCUUGACAAAAUGGCCAAUGGCGGCAUCCAUGAUCAUAUAUCUCAGGGAUUUUCCAGGUAUUCAACUGACUCCAAAUGGCAUGUCCCACAUUUUGAAAAAAUGCUUUAUGACCAGGCCCAACUCGCCGUUGUUUAUACCGAUGCUUAUUUAGUCACUAAAAAUGAGAAAUAUGCUGACAUCGUUAAAGAUAUUCUUACUUACGUUUCUCGCGAUUUAAGUCAUCCUGAAGGUGGUUUCUAUAGUGCUGAAGAUGCUGAUUCUUUUCCUGUAGAGGGUGAAAGUGUAAAACGAGAAGGAGCUUUUUGUGUCUGGACAUAUGAGGAUAUUAAAAAUUUAUUAAAUCAACCCGUAACUUCAAAACCCAAAGUCAACCUCUCAGAUAUUUUCUGUCAUCAUUACUCAGUCAAAAGUGAAGGCAAUGUCAACCCAGAGCUGGACCCCCAUAACGAGCUUAAAGGUCAAAAUGUCCUUGUUGUUUUUGGGAGUUUAAAAGAUACAGCCUAUAAAUUUGGGCUGAGCGAGCAGGAAUUGAGUAAAGAGUUGGAAAAAGCUAGGAAAAUUUUAUUUGAGGAAAGGCAAAAAAGGCCGAAGCCACAUCUCGAUGACAAAAUUAUAACUGCUUGGAAUGGCCUUAUGAUUUCUGGUUAUGCUCGAGCAGCUACUGCUCUUAAUGAUGAAACAUACCAAAAGAGGGCUGAAGAUGCCGCUUUGUUUGUUAAAAAAUACCUUUACAAUUCGAAUAAAAGGCUUUUAAGAAGUUGCUAUACUCAGAAUAAUUCGGUGGUGCAAAUAGAAAACCCGAUUGAAGGGUUCGCCGAUGAUUACGCGUGUUUAAUAAGAGGGCUGAUUGACUUAUAUGAAUGCACGUUUAAUGAAGAUUGGCUAAUUUGGGCUGAUGAGCUUCAACAUGUUCAAGAUGAACUAUUCUGGGAUCAUGGACUGGCUGGAUACUUCUCAACAUCAUCUUCAGAUACAAACAGCUUGUUUAGACUCAAAGAAGAUCAAGACGGUGCCGAGCCAAGUGGUAAUUCCAUUUCUGCGAGUAACCUUGUUAGACUGUCGACAAUUCUGGACAACGAGGGCAUGAAGGACAAAGCUUCCAAGUUGUUAUCAUCAUUUACAAGCAGAUUGACACGAGUGCCUAUGGCUUUGCCCGAAAUGGUGACAGCUCUGAUGCUCUACCACGACUCCCCUACCCAGGUCGUAGUCACCGGUGAUAUUUCAAACAGUGAGACGGCUGAAUUGGUAAACGUUGCCAGGCAGAAAUUCAUACCAGGCCUUCUCGUGAUGACGACAGGAGAAGACCAAGACAGUUUUCUAAGCAAGAGGAAUCACGCCAUUGCUAAAAUGAAAAAACAGGGUGAUCGACAGGCGGUAUACGUGUGCCGUGGGAAGACAUGCUCCUUGCCUGUAACCACUCCAGCCGAACUCGCUGAUCUUUUACACAACUAGUAUAAACAAACACAGAAAAAGGGAAGCAAACUAGGAUUAUAGGUCCCUACUCUGAGGAAAAUGCUUCAUUUAUUAAAACACAAUCAUAGAACA